AUGUGUGCAUUCUGCAAUUCAGCCCCUGAAUCAGUCAAUCAUCUUAUAUUGCAUUGUAGCUAUGCUCACAAAAUUUGGUCAUACUUCAUUGGAGGUUACAAUGUGCGAUGGGUUACAACAGGUUCUUUAGAAGCUCAGUUGUUGGCUUGGAAAUUCAGGCGAGGUCGUAAUAGAGGGAGGAAAAUCUGGCCUAUUCUUAUCUUUGCCAUUGUCAGAGCUAUUUGGGAAGAAAGAAAUCGCAGGGUUACGGCAAAUAAACCCCAUAGAGUUGAAGGAAUAAUCAUCAAUGAAGUUAAAGCUUUGAUCUUUCAAUGGGGCAAUGCAGAAAAAUGGUUUUGGGGUAAUUCAUUUAGAGAUCUUGUAACACACUGGAAAGUUAUGAUUGAUAGCUCAUAA